AUGGGCCCUGCUGGCAGUGCCUUCCUACUGUCUCUUCCACUGGGGUCUUGCCCAUGCUCUUCUCCCAAAAAGAAAGAUCUACAGUCAGUGUGUGGACGACCUGUAUAUUCAGGUCUUGUUGUGGGUGGCCAUGAUGCUGUUCCAGGGCCCUGGCCUUGGCAAGUCAGCGUGCACCUGCACCAGGCCCAUGUCUGUGGAGGGUCUCUCAUCAGUGACAGGUGGAUACUGACAGCAGCACACUGGGUAAAAAUGAGCUGGAUUCCUUUCUUACACAGUGUACGGCUGGGAUCAAUUCACAUAGGCCAUCCAAACCAAAGUGUGAAGCGUCGUGUGUUCAAAAUUAUCAUCCAUCCCCAAUUUCAACAUCUAACUGCAGACAUUGCCUUGUUGAAAUUAGUCUCUAGAGUUACCUUUACUUCUUUCAUCCUGCCCAUUUGCUUGCCCCGCAUUACAAAGCGGUUGACACUUCCAAGCUCUUGCUGGGUCACUGGAUGGGGAAAGGUUACGGAAAGUGAAGGUUGAUUAUUCUUCCACACUCUCCAGGAAGCAGAAAUACCAAUCUUUGCCUGCCAGGCCUGUGAACAACUCUACAACCCAACUGGUUCCAUGCUGCCAGAGUUGGAGCAAGUUAUCAAAGAAGAUGAGAUAUGUGCUGGUGAUUCAACUAUCAUGAAGGAUAGUUGCAAUGGUGAUUCUGGAGGGCCUCUGUCAUGUCAUAAUAAUGGUAUAUGGAUCCAGAUAGGAUUGGUAAGCUGGGGAACAGGCUGUGCUACAUCUCUCCCUGGAGUCUACACCAGCAUGAUCUACUAUCAAAAAUGGAUUAAGACCACUAUCUUAAGAGCUGAGGUCUUGGGUGCCAACAAUUUGGACAUAUCUAACUUCCUGUUCCUUAUUGUACUGCUCUCUCUAGCUCUCCUGAGACCCUUUUGUGUCUCUGUGCCUAACAUUUUAAGGAAAGUAGACAGUAUAGCUAAAGCCACUGACCAACUAUAG